AAUAUAAGCGUAAAGCCCCAUUUCAAUAAACCCUACUUCUACCUUUGGUUCACCGAAACAAGAGCAAGAAGAAGAAAUAGAGAGGUGAUUAGCGGAGGACACAGGAUCCAGUAUGGACAAGAACAUGUUAGCAGGACUCGAGGGUCUUCCUGAGCAAGACAAGGCCCGAAUGACUUCUAUGAUUGAUCAUCUUCAACUGCGCGACAGUUUGAGGAUGUACAAUUCCCUUGUGGAGAGAUGCUUCAACGACUGUGUGGAUAACUUCACACGCAAAAAUCUACAGAAACAAGAGGAGACCUGCGUCAUGCGAUGUGCUGAGAAGUUUUUGAAGCAUUCAAUGCGUGUUGGCAUGAGGUUUGCAGAGCUCAACUCACAAGCACCCACACAAGAAUAGUCCCAAAAGGAAAAACCAUAAACGGGGUCAAGAAACCAUUUUGUUUAUUCAUGUAGAAUUUCCUUUUUGGAUAAAAGUAGGGUUUCUUUAUUUUUAUUUUUCUGCAUUUGCCUCUAAAAGGAAAACCCCCCAAGUUGCGGCAGGAUUAAUGAUCUUCAUUGUUUUCUGAAGAAGAAUCGCAACACAUUUAUGCUCUCUAGAAAUUGAAUAAUUGAAUUGAUAAAUAUGCAUUACUGGUUACUGGCCUACUGCCUCUGGUUGUU